AUGUCGAACGACGAGUCUAUGAGUUCUUCUUCUUCUCUAGAGAUCGAAAGUCACUUGGAGCAACACGAACAGGAUCGAGAGCAUGUAGACGGACCGAGACGCUCCAGUCGGGCUAAUUCUUUCGACGACUUUGCCCGUCAAUUACCGUAUCAAGAUCCUAACACGAAUAGUAACAUCGCCGUACCUCCACGUACGAGCUUCUCCUUCGACGUAGUGGACGCCACACUAAGUGGCCGCUCGUCCUCCGAUCAUACGAUGUGGCUACUAACGCAAUUCGCCCCUGCAAUGUCCAAAACAAUGACGAGUAUGGACCCAAGUGCAGACAUGGAGGACGAUGAGCCUUUCGACGAAGAAACCGAGAAGAGUCAGGCUCAAAACGCGGCGAAUGCCAGCAACACGGGCACUUCUCAACAGCACGGCAAUCGACGAGUGGCCUGGGCGUCGUCUACAGCCCACGUGGAGCUGCCUGAGGGCGUGAGACUCACAGCAGCGAGGAACGAAGUCACGGGGCUGCAAUUGCGACUGAAAUCCAACGUCCCUUUCUUACUGACGACAGACACAAGUAACUGGAUGUUACCAUUGGGUCAUGGUCCUCGAGCCAGAGUGGCUGUGGACUCGAGGUUUGUUCCUCCAAAUAUGUUACAAGUGGAAACAUUCUUAGUUGGGGGUGUAGAAGACGAAAACGCGGACCUCGUCAUGGAGACUCUGGAACGUACCGGAGUCAGUAACAAAGCCACGAGGGAACACGCAGUGUAUCUGCGAGUUCGUAUUGGUCAGAACUUAGACCCUGGGUUGUACGAACUGCCGUUACGUGUCUUCACUCAAGACGCUGGCUUUAAAGACGAACACCUGACUUGGUCCAGUAGCUUCGCCGUGCGGGUCGUGGACGUCCGUCUGCCCAUCCCCCGUAACUGGCGUUUCCGACUGGAUUUAUGGCAACAUUGGACUGCCGUGGCACGUGCUCAUCGUGUAACAUUAUGGAGUGCUCGUCACUUUGAACUAAUCGAUCGCUACAUGGCUCCGUUAUCCGAGAUGGGUCAGAAAUGCUUGUCUGUGGUAGCCACAGAGAUGCCCUGGGCAGGCCAGCAAUGUUACAUGGAGGAACAGAAUGCCUCUGCGUUGUUUGAGCAUUCCAUCUUGGAGGUAUACGAAGAUCCCGCGCAUAACAUCCCGCUGACUAUCAACUUUGCGCACUUCGAUCGACUCUUGGAACUAGGUGCGCGUCAUCAAAUAGACGACGAAAUCGAGGUCUUCGGUCUUCUGUCUGUAUGGCGAGACCCCGUCGCGGGCUUCAACGCGCCUGCGGAGCUCACCGCGCAUCAUCUUCGUCCUCCUCCGACUGCAUCUACGCCAGAGCCCGCCUCGGCAUCAGAGCCACGUCGUCGCUCUUCAUCCGGCUCAGGCUUGACGUCUCCCACUGCGCAGUCCUCCGGGUCUACGCAGGAGGAGAACAACUCUUCCUCACAAGCUCCAGCGUUUGUGAUUGACGGCUGGCGUAUCCGCUGUCAAGACCGGAGCACACAACGUGUACGGUACUUGAAGCGAGUGUCCGAAGUGGAAGCUUUCAUUGAACAAUUCUAUGCGCAUUGUGUAGCGUUAGAAAUUGCGGAUCGCGUGCGCAUCUGUGCUGACGAACCACGUGAUGUUGCCGUCUUUCACGAACAGUUGCGCUUCAUGCAACGUCUCGCGCCAAAUUUCCGUAUCAAACUGGCGGUAAACCAUUCCGAGUUUUUCUCUCCCGCGUAUAAUCCGCCUCAAGUUGCCGAUUAUGUGCCGUUGUUGCCGUUGGCAUGUGCCGAUCUUGAGGUGACGCGACGCUUAGCAAAUGAAGCACGAGCUCGAGGAGGACACGUGUGCUGGUACGUGUGCUGCGGCCCCGCGUUCCCGAACCAGUUUGUGUCGUCGCCUCUGGUUGAAGGCGAGCUCGUGGGAUACCUCACUUUCUUCUUCGAGCUUGACGGGUUUCUGCGUUGGAAUUAUUGCCUCUGGCCUUCAAGACCUUGGGACGAUUUACGCUGGCGCGCGCCCAUGUGGAAGGUGGGCGACAUGUACUUUGUGCUCCCAGGGCUUGACGGUUGGCCCGUGGAGACGCUGCGUCUUGAGUCCUUACGCUUUGCAGGACAAGCCUUUGAGUUGCUGGCACUAGCGCAAGAUACGUUGGCUCCAGCGCAGAUGCAGCAGUUGCAACGAACAGUGGCUGAGCAAAUUUUGAGGUCCAGCGACUUGGAGGAGUUUGGUCGCUAUGGAGAUCGUGCGCGUGAGGAUCUCUACUCGCUUGAUCCUCUGGACUACCAACGAGCCAAGACAAUUAUCCUCGAGACAUUGGCAGCAGCAGUAAAAACUGGAACUUCGUGA